AAUAUCCUUUGCUACUUUUAUUACUCGCCCACUUGUUUGAAUCUAAAGAUGAUUUUUUUCAUCUGAAAAGUAAGAAGUUUGUUGUUUCAUCAGUCUUUAUUUGCAUUAUGCAACUUUUUAACAGCCUGAUUUUUAAACUGGAGGAGAUUGGUUAAUAUUAAAAGCCAUUUUCUUACAGACCUGAGUUAUUUAACAUCACUGAAUGAUCUAAGAAUAUAACAAGGUCAGUAAGAUUGCAGGAGAGCUGUGGAGGUUUUUAUUGUUGUUUAGGGUUUUAAAUUUAUAUUCUAUUAUAUUGUUAUUUAUCAAUUUAAACAAAAGUUAAAACAUUAAUACAGCUUGUCUUUAGAGUGAAAUGUGUUCAAACCAAUAUAUUUCUCUGUGUGUUGAAAUUUUGUUCUUGGAUGCCUCCAUGCUCAAGCCCCUAGUAAAAGCAAAGAGAGCUUCACAUGUGUUUUUGAACCAGAAGUUGCCUAAGAUGUUUUUAGCUUCUCAAAUAUUUCCAGAAAUUAGGCUCCAGAAGGAACACCCAUUCAGCUUUUACCACAAUUGCUUCAUUCAUGAGUAAAAUUAGAAUUAAUGAGGACAAAGACUUCUAAAUUUCUGACUAUUUUUCCAACAUUUCAGGGGUUUUGGUUUGUUGAGUUUGGUUGGUUUUUUUUUUAGUAAAAUGGUCUUUGGUCGGUCUGUCAGAAUGAGAAACACAUUUAAAUCAGCUGUAGGAGAUCUGAGUCACUGCCUGCUUGAAGUUCAGCCACCCUCUGACAAGAUCAGACUUUCUUCCUUGAUUUUUUCAGUAGGGAUGCCCCUAAACCAUCCACCCCUGGAUGAUUUAAGACAUUGAAAAGGACUUCAUACUGCUUCUCUUUCAGUUGCUAAGUAAUAAAGUAUUGCAUAGCUUUCUUGAGAAAAGGAAUAUAGGAAGUAUUAGAAUAUAAAACUGUGCUUUUCCUUCUGUGCUGUGUAAUUCCUAUACUGGAUGUUUUAAACUAUUGGGAAGUGGACAUCUGACUCAGAAUAGACUUCUGUAUCACUUCUAUUUCACAGUGGUUUGGUUUUGGAGUUCUUUCUUUUUUUUUUUUUUCUUUCCCUCAGUGAAAAUUGAUCUGUAUUCAGGGUAGGCAAUAGAAUUUCACCUGUGCUUGAGGGCAUGAGGGCAGGUGGCAUCUGACAUCACAGUAAGUUUGGAAAAUGGACAGACAGAGGAUAUUGUUUUUCAUUAAGGGUUAAUAAAAUAGAUCUCAGCUCUUCUUCCAAAUUACUGUGUUGGUGUGAUAAGGUCAUCAAAUUAACUUUCUUACAAAUAAAUAUACUAGAGGAAAAUCCAGAUAGUGCUGGAAUGACUCUUUGAGGCAUUUAAAUACAUUUCCAAUAAUAUCCAGACAUAAUAUUGAAUGCCUUGAUACACUGAGACAGCAUAACAGAGACUACAACUAGAAAAAAACAGUGUGUGAAGGGAAGGCUUGUUAGCUCCAUAGAUGGAGCUGAAGCAGCUCUAGGCUAAGUAUAUCCCACAGUGUAAUUAAGCAACAAGCAAGGCAAAUUCUGACAGCAGCUUUUAUAGUCAUCAGAGUUUUUCUAAUUUUCUGCUUUGCCUUCUCAGCACUUGGAAGGUUUGAAAAUGUGGAUUCAAGGAGAUGAUGUAAUCUUUGAAGAUGAAAUUGAAGCAUUGCAAGUAGAAGUGAAUAAACUUGCUGCUAUGGGAGUAAACAAAAUAAUUGCCCUAGGACAUUCUGGUUUUACUGUGGACAAAAAUAUUGCCCAAAAAGUGAAAGGAGUGGAUGUUGUAAUUGGAGGACAUACAAACACAUUUCUCUAUACAGGCACCCCACCCUCCACUGAGGUGCCAGCUGGCCCAUAUCCAUUCAUGGUUGACUCAGAUGAUGGAAGGAAGGUGCCAGUUGUACAAGCUUAUGCUUAUGGAAAGUAUCUGGGUUACUUAAAUGUUACAUUUGACAAGAAAGGAAAUGUAGUUGAAGCAGUUGGAAACCCCAUUCUGCUGGACAGCAGUGUUCCUGAAGAUGUGCACAUUAAAGAAGAAGUGGAAAAAUGGAGGAAAAACCUGGGGAAUUAUUCUACAGAGAUUGGACAAACUAGUGUUUACCUAGAUGGUACAACCCAAACGUGUCGCUUCCGAGAAUGUAACAUGGGGAAUUUCCUUUGUGAUGCUGUGCUUUAUGAGAAUAUUGGACAUCCGUAUGACAAGUCAUGGAACCAUGUUUCAAUGUGCAUCCUGAAUGGAGGUGGGAUACGAUCUGCCAUUGAUGAACAGAGCAGUAAGGGUAGCAUUACUUUGGAAGAUCUGCUGUCUGUUUUGCCAUUUGGAGGUCGUUUUGAUCUGGUAAGGCUUAAAGGCUCCACUCUGAAAGAAGCUUUCGAGCACAGCGUGCACAGAUACGGGCGAGGAAGCGGAGAGCUGCUGCAAGUUGGAGGCAUCCAUGUGGUCUAUGACCUCUCCAGAGCCCCAGGAAGCAGAGUGGUUAGCUUAGAAGGGCUUUGCACAGCCUGCCGAGUCCCAGCCUACUUCCCACUCAAGAUGGAUGAAAUAUACAAUGUGACUCUUCCAUCCUACAUGUUAUUUGGAGGAGAUGGCUAUCAUAUGCUGAAAGACAAAAAUCUGGGCUACAGUAAAGGUGAACCUGAUGUUGAGGUUGUUUCCCGUUACCUCCAGAGAAUGAAGAGGAUUUACCCUGCUGUGGAAGGUCGAAUAAAGUUUUCUUCUGGAAGUCUUGUUGAAGGAAGUCUUACCCUGAUUUCUGUAUUGCUCGCUGUAACAUUCUUGUAUACUUGAUUUUUUGCUCCAUUAUGUUUUUGUUUGGAGGAAGACAGGAGGAGAGAUGCUUCUGGCAAAGGGAAAAGAGAACUGUCCUCUUUUCUUACACUAAAGAUGAAUGAGCAUUUAGGUUUCUGCAUGUCAACAGCAUGCAAAGCAACAAGCAACUGUCUUUAAUCUGGUAGAACCACUGAAGCACACAGGCCAGAAGGAGUGGGCAGAAUUCAUAACUUCCCUGAGGUUGAAUCAGCAGGUACAAACUUGCAUAACCCACAAUUCAGCUGGAUGUUGCAAGAAGCAAAGUAGCAGUGGAUACUAAUGGGAUAUUUUUAACUUGUCAAAUUCUUUUCGCUGCUUUAGUGAUUUGAAUGGGAAUCUGAUUUCCAGAAGUGUAAACAAGCUUCUAGAAAUUGAUUCGUUAUAGGUGUAUAUACCUUGAUUUGAUCUCCACGCAGAGUCAAAGCUUUAAAUCUAAUAACCCUGCGUCCAAUCAUAUUUAUCAUACCUACUCCUGAAAAAGCUGGAUUAACCUCAGUGUUAUUAAAAGCAUGAGGUCCAUUUUUAUGCAAUUAAGGAAAGUUUUCCAUUUUACUUUUGAAGAUGCAGCAUCUCACUUAUGUUUCCCAUUAAUAAAGGGCCAUGAAAGCUUGAUUUUAUUUUUAUCAACUUUAACAAAUUGAGGAUAUAUACUUCCCUAUUUAAUAUGACCAGUUUAGGGACUGUAUCUAGAGUGAGAACACAGUCUAUGAUUAUAGUUCAUACAAAUAUGCUCAAUUUUACCCCUUUCUCCAAAGACCAAAGCACAGGACUCUUGACCAUUACUGUGUAUCAGCCACGUUCAGAAAGGAUGUUGGAGACUUCUGCAACACUAUGGCAACCUUUGGAAGUUGCCCAGUAAUGGGACUUUUUCCAGCAUAAUCUGUCUUUAUCAUAACUAUGACCAUAACUCAAAAGCCUGUCACUUCUAUGUGAAGUCUGUUUAAAAAAUACACCAUUCUAGGAGACAGGCUAAGGAGUGUAAAAUCAGAAAUGUGAGGACAUGUUAAGUACACUUCUGACACACUAUCAAGAAGUGAUUGCUUAUAAAUGAGCAAAAGAUGAUUCUUUUUCUAAGAUUGUUCACCUUUGGAAUUUUGACAUCAACAUGUUCCCAAGUUGUUUACUGCUAUAUUGAACUGAUUCUUAGUGUUUUGAACAAAGCUCCUUGUUUUUAUGCUUGUUUUCAGACCCCAGCUACUCACCUCUUAAAUCCACUGCACCUGCAGAUUUUAAGGAGAAGGUGCAUUAAGACUGAACAACCACUAUGCUUAAAUUUCAUGGCCUCAUUAGUUUCCACAUAAAUUCAAGGGUUGUGCAUUUAAAGAUCUGGACUAUACAACCGUGUUUAGUAAGUUGUGUUAGAACAGGGAAACAAACAACUGACCUCAACACACUAUUAGUUAAAACAUGGCAUUGAUGAUUUGUCAAUACCAGCCCCUAAAGUUACUAAUUUACAGCAUGGUCUUCCCCAAAUCAACAUAAACCAGUAACAGUGAUGCACUUACAGACUGAGUUGUACCUGCACACCAACUUUUGAUGAGUUGUAACAACUCCUUUGGCAUUCCCAGAGAGAAGGAACACUUGUCCUUCUUUUGACAAAUGGGAGGAAAAGGGAUGCAAAAGUAACAGAAAUAAGUAAUGCAAAUUGUAUUGACAAAGAACACCAACACUGCAUUAAAUUGGUUUGUUUGUAAAAGGAGAAAAUGGGUGUUUUCUUAAAGGAAAAACUGAAAAUACCCCUGUAUUGUUCUGUGAGUAAAACCUGUUCUAAAUCCUGGUAUGAAAGUCCCUUUUAAUGUCUCUUUUACAAAGGCUGGGCCAAAAAACUUUUACAGGAAAAAGAACUUCCAUGCAUUUUUGUACUGAUAAAAUUUUUAGAAAAUACUGUGAACAGACUCAUGCUCUUUUCCAAGCCUGUAAAGAGGGUAUCAGAAAAAACCCUCGUACACCUAGAUAAGAAACUGCAGAAAAAUAAAGAUUAUGGUAAAAGUAAAAACCACUUUUCACACCCAUUAUUAUUUUAAGAGUGCUUUAGAUCAGAAGGUCAGAUGUUAAAUAAACUAAAUCAUACACAUGAUUUUCCAUGCUCAUGGAAACCAUGAAGGCCAUGAUAGUUCUGAGAGUAUUUGUAUGCAGUGGAUUCAAUCAUCUAAUACUGUUUUUUUUUUUCAAUAGUAAAAUUUGUUAAAACAGAAACUUCAUGGGAGCAUUCUGCAACUUCUUCCAAACAAUUUUUUCUACAUAUCCUUGAAGGAAGACAACAGCAGUUGCUCUUUUAGCAAAGUAUAUGUUGGCUGGUCUCCCAGCCAUCUUCUUUUAUGUCAUCCUGUAAUUUCAUACACAGAGAUUCUAGGGAAUUAAGAGACUUUUACUGAUAGCAGCUAAAGCAGAUUUUAAAUAAAAAGUACAGAUAUAUUAUUUACUUGUAAUUGGUAUUAAAUUUUCAUUAUCUUUAUUGAAUAAAGAGAUUUUUUCAGAA